UGGAACAAGUACUCAAAUAAUAAUGCUUAUAAGAUCUCAACAAAAAACAAGGUUUGAUUUUAGAGAAAGUUACUGACACAUAAUCAACACAAUUUCAUGUCUACUGUUUUUUUAAACAAUUUCAUAUAACUGAUACAUUAUUGCAGAAAGUAAAUGUAAAUAGGAGUAAAUGCACCCUGCAAAAUAUCAACUAACCCACACACUCUUCCACCUGCUUAUAUUUACUUCACUCACUGAACCAUUUUAUAAGCACCUUUCCAAUGCAUUUGUAAAAACCACAUUUUCUCUCCUUUUCUUUCCAAGAGUGUUCUAAGUAGUAGCUAGUGAAAAUGGAGAAGAAAAGAACCAACAAUGCUUCUCUUACUAUGUUCAUAAUGUUGGUUGCAGUGGUUUCUCAAAACCUUGUUAUUGUUCCUGUAAUAGCCAACACUAUUAAGGAUCAUAAAAACUAUCAAGGAAGUUCUCCAUCAGAUUUAUCUACAGAACUAUGCUCACAUAGUCCACCAUCUCAUCACUCUGGAGGAGGUUGUGGUAGCGGCGGCACCCCACCCUCUAGUGGCAGCGGCGGCACCCCGCCCUCUAGUGGCAGCUCACCCUCUCAUGGUCAUCAUGGUCACCAUGGUCAUGGUGGUCAUGGUCAUGGAACACCAUCAUCACCACCCUCAGGCGGUGGAAGUUACACUCCAACCCCGUCACCACCGUCAGGUGGUGGAAGUUACACUCCGACUCCAUCAACUCCCACACCAUCAACACCCUCUGAUCCGACCCCAUCAACUCCACCAAAUUGUGAUCCAACCCCAUCAUCACCACCAUCAGGUGGUGAUGGAAGUUAUACUCCAACCCCGUCAACUCCCAACCCCUCACCACCAUCAGAUAGUGGUUCACCACCAUCAGAUGGUGGUGGAAGUUACAAUCCAACACCAUCAACUCCUCCAGGUGGUGGAAGUUAUGAUCCUACCCCGACACCACCCUCAGGUGAUGGAAGUUAUAAUCCAACCCCAUCAAGUCCACCGGGUGGUGGAAGUUAUGAUCCAACCCCAUCACCGCCAUCAGAUAGCGGUGGAAGUCCUCCAGGAAGUUAUGACCCAACACCAUCACCACCCUCAGGUGAUGGAAGUUAUAAUCCAACUCCAUCAACACCCCCAUCUAGCGACUGUACACCGCCAUCACAAGACUCACCACCAUCAGACCCUACCCCAACAACACCCUCAACCCCGACAACACCAUCGGGAGGUUACUACAACUCACCACCACAAGACUCUUCACCACCAACAGACCCUACCCCAACAACACCCUCAACCCCGACAACACCAUCAGGAGGUUACUACAACUCACCACCACAAGACUCGUCACCACCAUCAGACCCUUUAACCCCAACAACACCCUCAACCCCAACAACACCAUCAGGAGGAUACAACUCACCACCACAAGACUCGUCACCACCAUCAGACCCUUUAACCCCAACAACACCCUCAACACCGACAACACCAUCAGGAGGUUACUACAACUCACCACCACAAGACUCGUCACCACCAUCCGACCCUUUAACCCCAACAACACCAUCAGGAGGAUACAACUCACCACCACAUGACUCAUCACCACCAUCCGACCCUUUAACCCCAACAACACCCUCUACCCCGACAACACCAUCAGGAGGUUACUACAACUCACCACCGCAAGACUCAUCACCACCAUCAGACCCUUUAACCCCGGCAACACCCUCAACCCCGACAACACCAUCAGGAGGUUACUACAACUCACCACCACAAGACUCAUCACCACCAUCGGACCCUUUAACCCCAGCAACACCCUUAACCCCGACAACACCAUCAGGAGGGUACUACAACUCACCACCAACUUAUGGAGGCAGUAGCCCCCCAGUCGAUCCUGGCACGCCGUUUACCCCCACUUUCCCCACACCACCUUACCUUCCUGCACCAUCUCCCUUCACUGGUACAUGCAACUACUGGAAUACUCACCCACAAAUCAUCUGGGGAUUACUUGGCUGGUGGGGAACCUUAGGCAAUGCAUUCCAUAUGUCCAAUAUGCCAGGAUUAGGUGCAAGUCUCAGCAUUCCAGAAGCACUUUCCAACACAAGAACUGAUGGGAUUGGAGCUCUUUACAGAGAAGGUGCAGCUUCCUUUCUUAACUCCUUGGUGAACAACAAAUUCCCUUACACAACUGAGCAAGUCAGAGACAGAUUUGUAGCAUCACUCGGCUCAAAUAAGGCUGCUGCAACACAAGCUCAUCUCUUCCGGAUGGCGAACGAGGGGAGAAUUAAGCCUAGAGCAUGAUCUAAUUAUAAUUAAUUUCGUUUAUGUGUCAGUUUAUUGAGUUCAGUUUAAUUAGUAUAUUAUAUUUAAGACUUCUGCUAAGAGUGUUAUCAUUAUGUACUUAUGUGUUAAUUUACCCUAUGAUGGAUUCAGUGUAACUUUUUACAACUUCAUGUUAAUUAGCUUUAUAUAUGGUUUCUAAGUUUUGAAUAAAGUUAAUAUUUUGUUGCUA